CCAGAGUUGAAGCCGAUUGGUCUCUGCUUUUCCUCGCCUGUGGCAACUGACAGCACCUCCCAGCCUAGCAGGCCGGCUGCCUGCCUGCUCCCCCAGCCAGUCGUGGGUCUGGGCACUGCAGCAGGCUCGGCUCUGUCCCAGCUCUUGCCUGGGAGAAAAGUCGUGUACUCACCCAGAGACAAUCUCUCUUUCUACCUUCUUUCUCUCUCGAUUUCUCUGCGUGCUUUUGUGUUUCUUUUCUUUUUUUUUUUUCCCCCUUGUUUUUACUUAAUUAUAUUCCUAAUCCUGGAUGAAGUUGCUGGAUUCUGCAGCACAAGUCUUCAUGAACAAGCAGCACCGCUCAGAGAUUUCACGGCAUUCAAAGGUCACAGAACUGCCACUAUGGUUAAAUGUCUUGUUUAAUGGUUGAGAGGUGUGGAGAAAUCUUGUUUGAAAACCCUGAUCAGAAUGUCAAAUGUGUUUGCAUGCUAGGAGAUGUACGACUAAGGGGUCAGACGGGGGCUCCUGCUGAACGCCGUGGCUCCUACCCAUUCAUUGACUUCCGCCUACUUAACAAUACAACACACUCAGGGGAAAUUGGCACUAAAAAAAAGGUGAAAAGACUGUUAAGCUUUCAAAGAUACUUCCAUGCAUCGAGGCUGCUUCGUGGAAUUAUACCACAAGCCCCUCUCCAUCUGCUGGAUGAAGACUACCUUGGACAAGCAAGGCAUAUGCUCUCCAAAGUGGGAAUGUGGGAUUUUGACAUUUUCUUAUUUGAUCGCUUGACAAAUGGAAACAGCCUGGUAACACUGCUGUGCCACCUCUUCAACACCCAUGGACUCAUUCACCAUUUCAAGCUAGACAUGGUGACCUUGCACAGGUUUUUAGUCAUGGUUCAAGAAGAUUACCACAGCCAAAACCCGUAUCACAACGCUGUUCACGCAGCUGAUGUCACCCAGGCCAUGCACUGCUACCUGAAAGAGCCAAAGCUCGCCAGCUUCCUCACACCUCUGGACAUCAUGCUUGGACUGCUUGCUGCAGCAGCCCACGAUGUUGACCAUCCAGGAGUGAACCAGCCAUUUUUGAUCAAAACUAACCACCAUCUCGCCAACCUAUACCAGAAUAUGUCUGUGCUGGAGAAUCACCACUGGCGAUCUACAAUCGGCAUGCUUCGAGAAUCAAGGCUUCUUGCUCACUUGCCAGAGGAAAUGACACAGGAUAUUGAACAGCAGCUGGGCUCCUUGAUCUUGGCCACAGACAUCAACAGGCAGAAUGAAUUUCUGACCAGACUGAAAACUCACCUCCACAAUAAAGACUUAAGACUGGAGGAUGUACACGACAGACACUUUAUGCUUCAGAUUGCCUUGAAGUGUGCUGACAUUUGCAAUCCUUGUAGAAUCUGGGAGAUGAGCAAGCAAUGGAGUGAAAGGGUCUGUGAAGAAUUCUACAGGCAAGGUGACCUUGAACAGAAAUUUGAGCUGGAAAUCAGUCCGCUUUGUAAUCAACAGAAAGAUUCAAUCCCUAGUAUACAAAUUGGUUUCAUGAGCUACAUCGUGGAGCCACUUUUCCGGGAGUGGGCCCGUUUCACGGGCCCCAGCGCCCUGUCGGAGAACAUGCUACGCCACCUGUCCCACAACAAAGCCCAGUGGAAGAGCCUGCUGCCCACGCCCCACAGGAGCGGCGGCGCGGAGCACGCGGCCCAGGGGACUGACAGCGACGUGCCCACUGGGACCAAAGGCGACGCCCCGUAGUCCCAGCCAGUCCGCCCCCGCUCCGCACAGAGAGGAGAACCUCCUGGAGCAAGAGGCCUCCUGAGAGGGUGGCAGCUCUGGGCCACCAGGCCAGCCACGUGCUGGGAUCCGUCUUGGGCUUUUUGCAAGGCCACCCUCCUCCCACUCGCCUGCCUCCUCUCCUUUUUCCAAGUGUACAGAAGCCAUCCGUCACCUCAGCAUUCGCUGCCGAAAUAAGCAACUCCAUUCAGGAACGUGGGCGCCGAUUCUCGCGGGGGAUGAGGGGGUCAGGUUCGCCCCUCCAGGAGAAGACUGGGGAGUAAGAAAGAGGUGCUCCUGCCAUGUCCUCCUCGGGCCCCGGGUCACACUGUGACAGGCGACGGUGGCUGAGUCCAGAGCAGUUUUUUGUUUUGGGGUUUUUUUUUAGCGUUUGCCAUCUGACUGCUGAUCUGCAUGACAAAAACACCAGCAUACUCGGACCUCCAAGGAGAUGGGUCUUAAGUGCCAGAGCACAAAUGAGAACGUGAGAGAAAGGACCUUCUAUUUUAAUAAUAAUUAUUAUUAUAAAAAUAAUAAUAAAUCUUUUUAACUUUUAUAUUUUAUGCACUAGACAAUGGAUCUAAAACUUUGGACUAGGAUUACUCAAUGUACCCAAUCUUGAACAGGGGGUUCAUUGUUUUGUUACUGACUUGAUGCCACUUGGGGUCAGAGAUUUGGCAUCUGUUCAAUUUAAAAAACCACGUUUCCUAUCCGAUCCGAGGGGAAGGUGCUGUACAGUUCAUUCCUUUGCACCAUUAGCCGAUCUCUUUUAUCUACAACUCAGAUUCCAUGAUAUGUUUAUAUGCACACGUGUACAUUUUCUGUAAAUACCAAGCGCUACUGAUUCCCAUGCCAAAAUACAUGAGUAUUAUGGGAUUGCUACCUGUAUCAAUAAUGGCACUGUGAACAGAAUACUGUUAGUUUUCAUACAAGAGAAUGCGUUUGUAAAUCUGGUAUAGAGUUUAUUAAUAUACUAUUGUUUGCAGAUAAAGGCCUUAACUUUAAACAUCUUUCAUCUUCUGAAAGCUGCCCGACUUAAAUCCUCACAGAUGUCCUUCUGAACUGCCUUCCCAUGCCCAUCUUUGUGCUUUCCAGCUAAGGUCACAAACCAAAACUGACUAAAGUCUUUGAGGAAAUAUUCUGGAAACUUCACACGCAUUCCGCUUGAGACCAUAGUGUUUUAUCUAUGGCACUAAGCAUCGUUUCCUCAGAUUAAUGGGACCUUUCAACAAGCCUGAAGUCACUUUUCAACACAGCGAUGUUGCACACUGUUUUAACAAGCCAGCUGAUAAGCUCGUGUUUAUGUGACUCUUGUCUUGGACCGUGGCGAUGUGUCAGCCUCGCAGGAGACACGGCAGGUCUCACAAACCUUCUAUGACCCUGUCAUCUAACCAUCAGGGAACUCCCUGCUUUCCCACCACACUUUGUUUGUUAUGGCUACAGUACCAAAGCACCUUUGGUUUAUGGUUGGCGUGCAUUUCUUUGGCGUUAACAGUAACUGGAUUUUUCUUUUUCCUUAAUUUCGUGUGAACAACUACUCAAUUAUCUAGCUGAAGUUAACAUUAUUGAAAUCAAGAAAACAUUUCAGUUUUGUGACCGAAUUUACCUUCCUGGCAGGUCAUCGUGAUUCAUUACGGUUCUAGCUAACAGAGUCACCUUGGAAUCUCGUUGGUCAUUUUUUUCGGCAGACUCUUGGUUGGAAAGUCAGUUUGUUACUGCAUCCUUCUCUGGUGACUGAGCUCUGUGCAUCCAACCUUUUCUUUCAAAGUUCUAGCUUAAAUAAUGUUACAUGAAAAUUGGCAUGUCCCUUUCUCCUUACCUUAAAUAAUGUUGUAGUGGGAGAAUGAUAAUAUGAUCAUUUCUGCCACUAUCGAGCUGUUUCGCAAGCUGACAAACUGACAGCUAACUCUCGUUUCCUACUUGCAACUCUUGUGGGUUUUCUCCCCUCCUAGCAUACAUAUGAAAUGUUGGAAACUAAAUGGUUCGUACUAAGUUUCUGUAGAGACACUGAGGCUUGCCGAGUGAAGGUUUAGGGGACGUUUUGGAAAAAUGGUUAUAUUUUCAUUAAAGUAGGAGAGAUUGUCAGAUGGUACUAAAGAAAGUGUGAAAAACCUCACGAAAUGGGUGGAUGAGAAGUUGGAAUUGUUGAUAUGGGUAAGAGAGAAGUUGUGAAAUCUCAACACUAACUUUUUUUUCUCUGUAAUAGCUAUGAACUGACACAGGAUUCUUUCUUUAUUGCUUUAAUCCUCUGGAUCUCUCAGCUUGGUAAGGCCUCAAAAGAGAAAAUGUUGAAUGUAUUCCUGCUUCUGAAUCUCUCUUACUUUGGUCUGAUGGUGCAGAGAGAGCUUUUGAGUGGUCUGUGUUUAACGUACCUGAGAUCAAAUGAAGAAAAGCAAUUGUCAAGGAUGGUACAGUGGAGAAAAGAGAAGAUGCUAUUUGAGCGAAUGGGACCUCUGUCUUGGGUUUAAGAAAUGGACUUUGUUUAAAUUAUAUUUAUAUUGUAACUUAAAUAAGUAAGAUUGGAGGCAUUUUUAGUAGUUCCAAGUUCAUAGGACAGAAGUCUAUUUUACAUUUAGGUCUUGAAGAAGAGCUCACAGAGAAAACCACCAGAUAUCCAACUAUGAUGCAGCUACUAGUAUAACCCAAAUUUGAAGUAGAAGGAGACACGAUGCAUAAACUCGAUGCAUUUUUGUCCUUCUUUCAACCAUCUGGAGAUUUCUUGAGUUCCUUACUUUCUGGCAAAAAAAGGAAAAAAAAAAAAAAAGAAAGAAAGAGAAUGUGAAAACUUUUUUUUUUUCCUGCCUAGUAGUGGCUCCGUUUCGAUAGAGGAGUUCAUUGCUAGUUAAGAUACAGCUGUUCGAUCAAGCAUGGAUUUUAUCUUUAUAUUCUCCUCCUGGUCCAUGGACCACCAAUAGUUGACUUACCAAGUUUAAUUCUGUCAUUACUUGAGAAGAAAGGAAUCAAAGGGCUAUUUUUAGUAAGCAAAACAGAGUUCAGAUCAAUUUAAGAGAGAGAGAAUAUAUAUCACUGCCAGGUCUGAUUGUCAAAGCCUGCUUUUCCUUUAACAGAACCCGUGAAUACGCAGAAACUUGCUCAUGAAGCCCUAACCUACCCGAACUACUCCAGGCUGAGUAAAAAUCCAGCUCUCUUUCCACCUGCUUAAGGCUUCCCACAAAGGCAUUUGGAGUGUGUCCGGCGACACUGUCUUCAGAUAGUGCUUCCUACAAAACACAGACUUGUUUUGUAAUCUUUUCUCUUGUUGAAUCAGAUCUGCUCACUGAUUUGAAUUUGGUUAUGAGCUUGUGUCUCACUGUAUUUCUUAUGUUCUGUUCUUUUAAGCAAACCCUUAAAAUUGUGUUGUUUUGUGUAUACAUGUGAGAUUUGGAAAACAAACACCUUGUGAGUUUUGCUCAAAAUGUGGCCUAAAUAUCCAUUGGCAUGUCUAGAUCAACGAUUGAAAAUAAAGAUAAUUUCCUAAAAACA